AUGAGGGGUGAAAUGAGGUGGAAGAGAAGGAAAGUCUUCAGAUAUGAGGCAUGCUGGGACAAAGAGGAGGGUUGUGUCGAAGUGUUGAAGGAAGCUUGGCACAAGAGGCAAAGGGAUAUAAAUGAUCGAAAGAUUCUGGUAAAGUUGGAAGAUUGCAAGGCAGCUCUUCUAAGUUGGAGUAAACUUAUUAAUUCAGAUAGAGCCAAAGAAUUAAAAAAGAGAUCUGAGUCACUACAAAAGCUUCAAGAUGAGGAGAGCAGAGUUAAUGUUGAAGAGAUCAAGAGAUUACAAAGGGAGAUAAGGGUUUUACUUGAAAAGGAAGAUCUUAAAUGGAAACAAAGGGCCAAGAGAAAUUGGUAUGCUAUGGGGGAUAAAAAUACUAAGUUUUUUCAUGCCUGUGCAACACAGAGAAAAAGGAAAAACGUGAUGAAGCAAAUUAUGGAUGAGCAUAAGCAACUGUUUAAUAAUCAAGAAGACAUAGAGGGGGCUUUCAACAGAUACUUUAAGUCUUUGUUUGCUUCGACAAGGCUAAGUCCAAAAGAUAUUGCAGUGUGUGUGCAGCAGGUGGAGCCUUGA